AGGUAAGUAAAAGCAUAUAGGUUAGAAAGUCUGUCACUUAAAGAUAGUAAAUAGAGCAAAUAAACAAACCAGAACGGUUUCUAAACACCUAAUUGCGUUCGUCACGCUGUCCUCACGGUGAAAUGCCAAGUGCAUCACUAUAUGCACAUGACAGACAAUCCAGAGUAUAAUUGAACUCGCUGAACAGUAGACCACACUGGCGCAAAUUCAAUAAACCGAUAUAUUUGAAUAAACAUGUUUUUGCAUGAAAAAUAUGCUGUUAUACUUCUCGGAUUCAUAAAACUCAUCAAUGGCCAGCGUUGGAACAUAACUUACAUUAAAGAAAGUGUCAAAUUACCAUUAUUAGUGAAACAGCAAGAUGCAAUUAAAAAUAUCGGUGACCUGAUGUAUGAAGACAUUUCCUCGCCUCCGGUAAUUCGAAAUGCAACAUCUGGCGGUUUCAUAAAUAAAAGUAAAAAUAUUCCGCUGUCUAAUGGUGAAGCACAAAAAAAUGAAAAAAAUAAUUUAGUAUUCACGACAAAAUCUAAACCGAAAAGAUUAAUUCAAAGAUGUGCUUUAAAUAAUACCAGAUGUAAGACACGUAAGCAGAGAAAGAGAACUAGAUUCUUGGAAGUAUUUCAAAUUGUUCAGUUCGAACACGUAGCCUGCACUUCCGACAAUGGAUUAGAGGGCACUUGCCUUCACGAAUACGAAUGCCAAUCUACUGGAGGGACUGCUCUGGGUGAUUGCGCAGAUGGAUACGGCAUUUGUUGUGUUAAUCAAUUUCUUUGCGAUGAAAAGUCUGCAGCUUCCGUGGGAUGGUUCAAUAAUCCAGAUUUCCCUUCACCUACUAGUGAAAGAUUGUCAUGUGCAUUCACGUUGGAAAAGGCAUCUGCAGAUAUAAAGCAGUUGAGGAUUGACUUUGCUGCUUUUGAGUUAUUACCGCCCACCGGAGGAGUUUGCCAGCAAGAUCAAUUUGUUAUUUCUGGUCAGAACAUCAACAACAUAAUGCCGAUACUCUGCGGGAUCAACACUGGACAACACGUGUAUGUCGAAGUUGGUGACGUAGACGGCCCCUUUUAUUUUGCUGUCCAAACUGUUUCUUCUGAGAGUCGACUAUUUUCUAUAAAGAUAACACAACUACUCGAGACAGAUGAGCUUGCAGCUCCUUCCGGAUGCUUACAAUAUUUUAAAGGUCCCCAAGGAUAUUUAGAGUCUUUCAAUUAUCGUGAUAAAUCAGACAUUGGCAUUGCUAGAAUUUCUAGCUAUUUAAACAAUCUUAACUACGCAAUGUGCAUAGAUCGCGAAUCACAAGCAUGCAGUAUUAAAUAUUCCAAUGAAGAUGAAAUGCAGAUUGUCAAUUAUGAUUCAGAUGGUUUACCAAUCAUUCCUCCAGAUCAAGCAGGCGUGGAAAUAUUUAAUUGCCCAAGUGACUGGCUCUUGAUAGCAGCGACACGCAUUUGUGGCUAUCGACUGAAUGAUGGGUCCGUCAUACAAGACUUCACGUUAAAUGCACCCAUCAUAGAUUCUAAUGCUGGACCCAUAGUGGUGUGGUUUAGAUCAGACGAAGGGUAUGUAGGCAGAGGUUUCAAACUUAACUAUCAACAGAUUUCUUGUGUGAAUCCAACAUCAAUCUAAUUUGUGUUUUGUUUGUUUUAAUAAAAGUAUAAUGUAA